GACUCCCCGGGCCCAGUGGCGGUGGCUGGCGUUGGGCUUCCUCGGGGCAGACGUCACGUUCCCAUUAUAUGAAGAAGUGAAGGGGGGCACCCGUCCUCUCUCCACACCCGGCCACUAGGGGCGAUCUCGCAACUCCGAUCCUUCUUGUGAGGCGCAGCACACCCUCCCGUGGGACGCUUGCGAACAGACACCUUGCCCGUAGGCAUCGCGUCAACCACCGGCCAGCUACGAGCCUGCAAGAAACAGAUCGGCAGCCAUGGCACGUGUCGUAAAAGGCGUCAACAUCGACAGUCUGGAUGACGAGUUCAAGUUGAUGGAACUCCUUGACUCAAUUGAGGACUUUGAAGAACGUAAAGUGGUGCGUUCCAGGCUUCAGGAAGUGAAGGCCGUAAACAAAGCCAAGCGCGAAGCCCUGGUACGCAACCGCGAACAAGAGCGUGAGAACGCCAUCCGGCAGCGGCAGCAGGAGGCCGCCGAACAAAAGCAACGGACGCUAGCCAUGUACGACAAGAUGGCCAAGACCGGCAAGCUGGACACAACACUGUACAGGGAAGGCGUGGAAUCCCAGGACGACGACCAGUCGGGCAAGACGGACCUCGUGGAAGACGCCAUCAAGCAGCGGCAGCUCGAGGCAGACCUGCGCAAGAAGCGCAUUCUGGCCGCUUACGACGCGGCCGCCAAGUCCGGCCCCGCGGGAGUCGUCAAGACGGUCGACUUCGACUCCUUCAAGAAGGCCGACGUGUCCACGUUUGAAGUGCCAAAGCCCACUGGCGCUGCGACGGGUUCCUCGACAUUCUGCGCAGCGGGCGGUGUUCCAAAGAUCGUCAAAGACACUCCCAAGAAUGCCUUCGCCAAGUUCCAACAAAUGGACCAGGCUACCAAGCCGGCAAGGCCUAGCUUCAGCGUUCCUGUUCGUGGAGGGACUACACGGAGCGCGAGCGACAUCAAGGAGAUGCUGCUGAACUGGUGUAAAAGCAAGACCAAAGGAUACGAGCACGUGGACAUCCAGAACUUCUCGACGAGCUGGAACGACGGCAUGGCGUUCUGCGCGCUCAUCCACCACUUCUACCCGGACGCCUUCGACUACGAGCAACUGGAGCCCAAGAACCGCAGGCACAACUUCGACCUCGCCUUCCGCACCGCUGAGGAGCAAGCGGGUAUCUCACCGUUGCUCGACACGGAGGACAUGGUGCUGAUGAAGAAGCCCGACUGGAAGUGCGUCUUCACCUACGUGCAGAGCCUGUACCGCAACCUCGUCAACAAGGACUGAUCACCUGUCGUAGAGAGCCAACUCGCACAUAUCUAGUCUCUUUAACGUUUACUUUUAACGUUGUAUUUUUUCAAUCGCGAAGAAAGAAAAAGAAAGCAAUACUGCGCGUUCACGAGUGCACGCAACGCCUCUCGCAUUUCCUCGACAAUGGGAAACAUCGGUGUGUUUUUUAGGAAUGGAUUUUUUCACUCGUGAUAUGGGCAUUUUUCUUGUUUGUAUAAAGACGAGACUUUUUGUACUUGUCUUGCGACGUUUGCAUUCAGAUAGUGUAUUGAUGAACAACAAAUACAGGCUGGACCUUGAAUGAAGAAGCACGUUUGUAAUGCAAUACACGCGAAAUGACUAGCGGUAGGUAUUCCUUGACUUGUCUACUCGUAGCUGAAAUCGAGCAGCAUGAACUCGCCGAUACCGAGAAGAGAGGCGUUAUAUCUCAAUGAACAGCAGCGUUUCUUGUGCCCGUGGCUUAUGACGUAGUUUCUCCUGCGUUCGCUGCAAUGUUUCAAGUUGGAUCAACGUUUAUCAGUCUCACUAAAUUAAGCUGGACAGGUUGAAAACAGAAGAGAGGACGAAAAAAACUAAGUAGCUCAUCACGCUACACUGCUUGAAAGCAAAGUUACAUACAUCACGCAAAGAAAGAAGUCACGAUCAACACGAAGGAAAGGCGUUCCAAUUACGCUCCUUCGAAAAGGCCCGUGGAUCGGAACAAACGCAGCGUAGUUUGUACAUGCCUUCCUUCUGCGACGUUAUAUCGUGUCAGUGCUGCGGGCUUCUUUAUCGCGUGUAUAUACACGCAAAGCUUAUUCCUUCACUGUAGUCGUGAUAGAGCCCUUUAAAAGUGAGCGUGGAUUGCAACCCGAAUGUGGAUUGUGAUUAGGCAGACAGUUGGCAUAAUGAAGACUGAUAUUCUCUUGUUUUAUGAGUCCCCUUUUACUGCGCGGUUUUGUGUGUCUGCUGUACCAUCAUCUGUGCCAUACAGGUGUGUCGGCACUCGCUGUCGAGUAGAGCCUGUAUACGCCCGAGAACAUACUGAUGAUGACCCUCACGCUUUCUGUAACGCGCCCUCAUUUGCUGUAUAGUGAGAUCUUUUGUAAGCUGAAUAAAAAAAAAACACUAUGAAGACAAACAA